CCUUUGAACUCUUCGCGUCUCGCUUCUAUUCCGAUCCUUCCAUCUAUCCUGCUUGUCAGUCACUUUCCCAGCAUCACAUUGGGAUAGUCCUCACACGGCGAAACACCUUUAACGGGAAAUUAUACAAGGAAGAUCCUGUAAUAUUCGUAUGGGAGUUGGCAAACGAACCACAAAUAGUUUUGGGAGAUAAUGGGAGAAAGAUCGUCAGGACAUGGAUCGAAGAAAGUGCAAGAAUCUGGAUGCAAAUCACUUGGUGGCGACAGGAGCCGAAGGGAAAAUGGGAAGGAUUGGAAAUGCACAAGUGCAGCGAUAUUGGUACGAAAUAA